AUGGCAAACAACAUCCUUGAUCGUCUGUCUGCACUGGAUACCAACACAGUAUCUGAUGCUCUAGACUUCCUCAAUCUUCCAGGGGCGACAUACGGGCUUCGACCACUUUGGAACUGCCCCAAGGUUGCUGGUCGCGCCAGUACUAUCCAGCUGGGCCCUAAAGUGGAUGGUUCCCCACCUACUGUACACCUCAUCACUCCUGUAAUAGACUCGGUCACGACAGAUGACAGGGUUCUUGUCAUAGCUGGUGGUGUUGAAGGCAUCUCAUCUUGGGGGGAUAUCAUUGCCAACGCCUCUAAGAUCAAGGGCAUUCGCGGAUCGAUCAUUGACGGUAUGAGCCGCGACAUUGACGGGAGUCAGGAGAUUGGGUAUCCAGUCUUUGGUCGUGGUGUCACAAUGAUUAGUGCACGAAACAGGCUGGUGCAGAUUGAAUCUGGGAAUCAAGUUGAGAUGCGGGGUGUCAAGGUCGACCAGGAUGAUUAUGUUAUUGCUGAUAACUGCGGGACUGUCUUUGUCCAAGCCGGUAGUAUUGACAAGGUACUGGAACUUGCCGAACGUAUCGAACGCCGUCAGCAGGGCAUGGUUCAAGAAGUUCGGACUGGUCGGUCAGUGGCAGAAGUCAUGCAUGACAAACAGUUCGAGGCUAUCGCAACUACUUCUGCAUCGGAUCGAUCAGAGAAUUACCAAUCUCCCAACAAGAAUCCAAAACAGGCUUCUCCAGAAGAUCAAGAAUUGGUUGCCCUAUUUGCUGAGUCCGACACUCCCGGGGUUUCAGAUGCCCUCGACAAACUUGGCAUUCCAGGACAAGCAUUCAAUAUUAUGCCCUUGACCAACUACAAGAAGACUACGGUUGGGCCGGCUUUCACAGUACGCUACGUGCCUGCCAGUAACCCGCCUGGUAGUGUGGGUGACUUCAUUGACGAUGUGGCUGCUGGUGAUUUCGUGGUGAUCAGCAAUGAUGGUCGCACAGAUUGCACUGUCUGGGGAGAUAUCAUGACGCAGUACGCCGGUCUCCGAGGUCUUGCAGGAACUGUUAUAGACGGUGUUUGUCGCGAUGUUGAUCGUGCCAUCAGCGAUAACUACCCGAUCUUCACUGCUGGACGGUGGAUGCGCACGGGCAAGGAUCGUGUUCAAGUGGCAGGUGUCAACGAAGCAAUCAACAUUGGUAAUGUACGCGUCAGUGCACGCGAUAUCGUUGUCGCGGAUGCCAACGGCGUUGUUAUCGUGCCGCGGGAGCGAGCUCGUGAGGUAGCUGCUCUUGCAAAAAAGCAUCGAGAAAAGUGA